UAGCCAAUUCUGAUAUGAACAGAAAAACCAAGAACAGGGCUAUGUGUGGAUUACAUUUUUCUCUGCCUUGCCUACGACUUAUUCUACUUGUUACCUGUUAUCUUGUAUUAUUAUUCCAUAAAGAGAUUCUUGGAUGUUCGUCCAUUUGCCAGCUCUGCACUGGGAGACAGAUUAACUGCCGUAACUUAGGCCUUUCAAGUAUUCCUAAGAAUUUUCCUGAAAGUACAGUUUUUCUGUACCUGAGUGGAAACAAUAUAUCUCAUGUAAAUGAGAGUGAUUUAACAGGACUUCAUUCUCUUGUAGCGUUGUAUUUGGAUAACUCUGGCAUUGUUUAUGUAUAUCCAAAAGCCUUUGUUCAUUUGAGGCAUCUAUAUUUUCUAUAUCUAAAUAAUAAUUUUAUGAAACGCUUGGAUCCUGGAAUAUUUGAGGGACUUUCCAGUCUUCGUAAUUUAUAUUUACAGUCUAAUCAAAUAUUUUUUGUUCCAAGAGGAGUAUUUAAUGAUUUAGUUUCAGUUCAGUAUUUAAAUCUACAAAGGAAUCGCAUCACUGUCCUGGGGCGUGGUACCUUUGUUGGUAUGAUUGCUCUUCGGAUACUUGAUUUAUCAAAUAAUAAAAUUUUGAGGAUAUCAGACUUAGGCUUUCAGCAUCUUGGAAACCUGGAUUGUUUGUAUCUAGGAGGUAAUAAUUUAACAAGAGUACCAUCAAAUGCUUUUGAAGUACUUAAAAGCCUUAAAAGACUUUCUUUGUCUCAUAACCACAUUGAAGCCAUACAGCCCUUUGCAUUUAAAGGACUUGUCAACUUGGAGUAUCUCCUCCUGAAAAAUUCAAGAAUUAAAAAUGUUACUAGGGAUGGGUUUAGUGGAAUUAGUAAUCUUAAACAUUUGAUCUUAAGUCAUAAUAAUUUAGAAAAUUUAAAUUCCGACACAUUUAGCUUGUUAAAGAAUUUAAUUUACCUGAAGUUAGAUAGAAACAGAAUAAUCAGUAUUGAUAAUGAUACUUUUGAAAACAUGGGAACGUCUCUGAAGAUCCUUAAUCUGUCAUUUAAUAAUCUUACAGACUUACAUCCAAGGGUCCUUAAGCCAUUGUCUUCACUGACUCAUCUGCAGGCAAAUUCUAAUCCUUGGGAAUGUAACUGCAAACUCUUGGGCCUUCGGGACUGGCUAGCGUCUUCAGCCAUUACGCUGAACAUCUCGUGUCAGAAUCCCCUAUCCCUGCGCGGCAGAGCACUGCACUCCAUUAAAUGGACUGAGUUUACAAAUUGUGUUACAUCUUCGACAAAUGUAUCCAGAGCUUGGGCUGUAAAAUCUCUUCAUAUUCAUCACAAGACUACAACGUUAAUGAUGGCCUGGCAUAAAAUAACCACAAAUGAGAAACAUUUGGAAAAUACCGAGAGUGUUACUCUCUGGGAACGAAGUCGUACUUCUCCUGCCAGUAGAUUCUUUCAAGAGAAUACCUUUGGUAAUCCAUUAGAGGCUACUGCAGUGCUGCCUGUGCAAAUACAGCUUACUACUUCUGUUAACUUGAACUCGGAAAAAAACAGUGCUCUACCGAUCGAUGCUGCUUCUGUGUCAGGGAGAACAUCUCUUAUUUGUGCACAAGAAAUUGAAAAGUUGAAUGAGGCUUUUGACAUUUUGCUAGCAUUUUUCAUCUUAGCUUGUGUUUUAAUCAUUUUUUUGAUCUACAAAGUUGUUCAAGUUAAACAAAAAGUAAAGGCACCAGAAAACUCAGGGGAGAACAGACUUGAAUACUACAGCUUUUAUCAGUCAGCAAGGUAUAAUGUAACUGCCCCGAUUGGUAACACUUCCCCAAAUUCUUUAGAGAGCCCUGGUUUGGACCAGAUUCGACUUAACAAACAAAUUGUUCCUGAAAGUGAGGCACAGGUGAUUCUCUUUGAACAUUCUGCUCUAUAAUUCAACCUAAUAUUAGCUGUAAGAAAACUUUGGUGCCGUGGACAUGAAUUAAACUAAAGCCUCCUUAUAGAAUAUAAACUUUACUUGGAAAUAUAAUGAGUUAUAUGAGCUUAGCAUUAAUAAAUACAUGUUUUUAAUAAUUUGUGAAUAUUGUAUUCAGCAUACAUCUCCCUUAAUAGUUGCCAUAUGAAAUAAUAAUAAUAGCUAAUAUUUCUGUGUACCAAGCACUGUGGUAACAAAUACUUCACAUAUCACUUAUAAUCCUUCUAAAGUAGUUGUACAUUUUAUAGGUAAGGAAACCUAGGGAGAUUGAGUUUAAGAAACGGUCCAAACUCUCACUGCUUUUGACACAUUUUAGGUCUGUCUGAUUCCAGAGCCCAUGCUUUUAAUUUCAUGCUAUACUGCUGCCUGGUGCUAAUUGUGAAUGACAUAGGCAUGGUUUGUCUUCUCGGUAAAGCUUGAAAUCUAGAGGAGACACAUGGUUUCUGUACAGGUUGGUAAGUAUUGUACUUGCAGGGUACUGUUGGAUAUAACAUAAGUGGAGGUGAGAGAUAGCUUUAUGAGAGAAGAGACAUUGCGACUGGAUCGUGAAGGGUAAAUAGAAAUGAAGAAAGUUUAAUAAUACUUAAAGGUAACAUCGUAUCAUAGGAGGUGAAGAAAGAAAGAAUCCUGCAUUUCAUCAACUAACUGUAUUCACUAUAGCCAGAGUUGUGAGUGGUGAUGUGAGAUUUACAGUUGGAGAGAAAGAUCAGAUGAUGAAGGAUGUUGUAAUUUCACGUUUUUCCUUAAGGCAGCAGGAAGCCAUGGAAGGAUUUUAAACAGUGGAGUGGCAUAACCAGAUUUACUGUUUGGAGAAUACGUUCUUUCUGGAAGGAGCAACGAGAUGAGAGGCAGGGUUAAUGGGGCAGGAAUAUGAAUCACCAAUCCAGAGGAGAGGUACUAGAGUCCUGGGCCAGGAUAGUGGCAAACAGGACGGAUGGGUUCUGGAGCUACUUUGGAAGUAAGAUGAACUGCCUUGGUGAUUGGCUAUGGGGUGGUAAGCAAUGGGUAUGUCAAAGAUGGUAGUUUUUGGCUUAGCUAUCUUUGUGUUAAAUUUACUGAGCAAAGGAAGGAAAAGGAGUGGGGAUAUGGGCAGGGACAGAAUAAUGAGGUCAAUUUUAGGUACACUGAAUUUGAGGUUCAUAUCUGGUCUCCCAAAUGGAAAUAUUCUGCAAGUAGAAGAUUCGGAGAGAUCUGUCUGGUAAAGGUCAGUAAUUUGU